AUGGGUAAUGCAGAUAGCAACGCAAGUAUUAAGGCUAUGCAUACAAAUUAUGUUGUUGUAAGGAAUAUGAAGGACGAUGCUCGUUAUGGAGAAGGAAGGAUUGUAAAGUAGAAGCAAACUAAAUAAGAAUUAUUUUAGAAGGAAAUCAAUUUAACAGAUGAAGAGAAAUAUUAGACAUUAAAAAUUCUGCUUGAAAAAAAGGAAUGCAACACAUAUGAUAAUUUGAUCAAUAUUACGAAGUUGUUUUAUCACGAAGAAAAUCAAUUUUGUGGUCAAUUUUUUAAGAUCUUCAUUUUAAUGGAAUACAUACCAACAACCUUGUGUGAUAUCUUGGAAUAAAGAUUGGCUAAGAAGCAAGAAUUUCAAGAAUCAGAAUUAUGGACUAUUCUAAUAGGAUGUAUAGAAGGUUGUUGCAUACUGGAAUCUUAGAAGAUCACUCAUCAGGGAUUACGGUUGGACUCGAUAUCUUAUUUGGAUUAGUUUCCAUACGUCAAGAUUCUGGAUCCAACUUUGAGUGGAGUUCCGACUACUUAUCAAUAGUUGAUACAAGAUGAAACCAAAUAAAUCAAUUUGAAUUACUUAAGUCCUAAACUCAUCCAAUCCCUUAAUGAUGAUAUGUAACCCUAACACAAUCCUUACAAAAGCGAUGUUUAUUCUUUGGGAAUGAUUAUGUUGCAUUUAUCAAGUGCUCAUAAUUGUGAAGAUUGUUAUGACUUGCAAAAGAUGAGAGUGAAUCAUUAAUAAGUUCAAAGGAGAUUAUUAAUUCUAGAAUCUACGUUCUCCUCCCAAUAUAUUCAAGUGUUGAGAACGAUGCUUUUACUCAAUGAGGAUUAGAGACCAGAUUUUUUAGAAUUAAGAUCUGAAAUGCAAUCGAUGUCACCUCCAGCUUCUCCAAAAGCACAUAUACAAGAACAAGAAGAAGAGGUGAUCUAAUCCAAAAAGACUCAAAUUGUUUAGGUUUAAGCCUAUGAAUAAGCUGUGGAGAGCUUUGCAAUCCCUUAAUAACAGUAUCAAUUAUAAGCCUCAUAACCACCAUAAAUAUUUGUUAAUCCCGAGCAAAGUGCUAAAUUUAUAUAAUAAUAAUAAAAUUCAGUACAUAAUUCUCAAGUUCAAGUCCAACGAUCAAUUCAAUUAAGACAAUCAUAGCAAUCAGUCUAAUCCAACUAAUCAAUGUAUAUAUAAAGAAAUGGUCUAAAAGACUUGAGACCCGAUAUUUGUGAUCAUUUAAAAAUUGUAUUACCUUUAUCAGAAUAGCCUCCAGAACCUUCUCAGGUAGACACCAAUAUCGGUAAUUAAAUAGGGACUGAAGAAUUACUGAAUCGCUCCAAUAUACAAUAACAUGAUAUCUUGAUGCCAAUCACAUCCUUCUCCAAUUCCCGUUAAUAUGAGCAGUUCUUGCAAUCUAAAUCCAAUAUGCCAGUCUCAUAUGAAUCCUACAAAAUGGAAUCCUCUUUUAAGAAUCAAUAAAAUGCUGAGCCUGUUUCUAAAUAUGACUAUCUUUAUGAUAAACAAAUGAGCAAUCAGCAAAAGUUUUCGAACUAUCAAAGUGAUUUGAAAAGAACUUUGGAAUCUAAAAGGGUUGAGACUGUUUCUGAAUCCUAUCCUAAUGGGUCAAGAUAUGAAGGAUAGAAAUUGAACGGCAUGAGACAUGGCCAAGGGACAUUUUUCUAUUAAGAUAAUGGCGGAGUUUAUGAGGGUUAGUGGUUUGAAAAUAAAAUGCAUGGUCAAGGUAGCACUUUAUUUUAUGCUUCUGGUAAACCAGCUUAUGAGGGAGAGUGGUUGAACGAUAAAUUUCAGGGCAGUGGCACCUUGUACAAUGAAGAACCUUAAGCACUCUAUGGAGAUUUCGAUUAUGGGGAUUUCGAUAGAAUUGGGGAUUACUGGACUAGAUAUAUCGGUUAAUUCAAUUAAGACAAUAAGGAGGGUUAAGGCACCUUGUAUCUAUCCAAUGGCGAUCGAUUUGAAGGCAACUUCCUGUAAGACUUAAUAAAUGGUCCCGGAAGAUAUAUCAAAAAGAAUGGCUAGAUUAUUUCAGCAAAAUGGUGGAGAAAUAAACUAUAAUAGUGA